AUGCCAAUUACCAUGAUUGCGUCCCGCGUCUCGAAGCUGUUGCUGGAUCCGGAUCUUAAGGAGAACUUUUUGAAGGUUGCGCAUGUUGAGAAGUCGUUAAAGUCUCAUCGACCACUGAAGCAUCUACCAUCAGCUUAUUCCAAGGCAGAGCACGUCCAUGGAAAGGCUAUGACUCUAAUUAGUAUGAUGGCCAUGCUUGUGCUGACUCCUCCGAUCGCCAUCUACAUGUGCAAGGAAUCCGUGAUGGAUGGACUCCUGGAGGCCUGGCCAUCGCCGUUUUCCCCCAUUGCAUGGAAGAUCAUAGGCGCAUUCGCAGCUUUCGAAGCAGUUCUUCAGGUUCUCCUGCCUGGAAAGGAAUUUGUUGGACCCGUUUCACCAGCUGGAAACCGACCAAUCUAUUGGUGUAACGGAUUUCAAGCAUACAUGGUCUCCAUUGUUACAUACAUCUUCAUCUGGAGAGCCGGGUGGUUCAACCCCUCCCUCGUUUACGAUAACUUCGGUAGCAUCCUCUCUGCUCUCAACGUUGCCAGCCUUCUCCUCUGCCUCUUCCUCUACGCCAAGGGUCACCUUGCUCCGUCAUCCUCUGACUGGGGGUCUUCUGGAAACUUCAUUCAGGACUUCUUCUGGGGAAUGGAGCUGUACCCACGCAUCGGCAAGUACUUUGACAUCAAGACCUUCACCAACUGCCGCUUUGGCAUGAUGUCGUGGGCGCUGCUGGCCAUCACGUACGCCAUCAAGCAGCUGGAGGCGAACGGGCGCUUGGCGGAUUCCAUGGUUGUGAGCGUGGCGCUCAUGCUCGUGUACAUCUCCAAGUUCUUCUACUGGGAGUCAGGCUACUGGAGCACCAUGGACAUCCAGCAUGACCGCGGUGAGGUUUCUCUCUGUGCUAAUGAUGCAGGCCUUUUUGUCACCUUACUCGUGUACAUGCUCGUGUACAUGCUCGUGUACAUGCUCGUGUACAUGCUCGUGUACAUGCUCGUGUACAUGCUCGUGUACAUGCUCGUGUACAUGCUCGUGUACAUGCUCGUGUACAUGCUCGUGUACAUGCUCGUGUACAUGCUCGUGUACAUGCUCGUGUACAUGCUCGUGUACGUGCUCGUGUACGUGCUCGUGUACGUGCUCGUGUACGUGCUCGUGUACGUGCUCGUGUACGUGCUCGUGUACGUGCUCGUGUACGUGCUCGUGUACGUGCUCGUGUACGUGCUCGUGUACGUGCUCGUGUACGUGCUCGUGUACGUGCUCGUGUACGUGCUCGUGUACGUGCUCGUGUACGUGCUCGUGUACGUGCUCGUGUACGUGCUCGUGUACGUGCUCGUGUACGUGCUCGUGUACGUGCUCGUGUACGUGCUCGUGUACGUGCUCGUGUACGUGCUCGUGUACGUGCUCGUGUACGUGCUCGUGUACGUGCUCGUGUACGUGCUCGUGUACGUGCUCGUGUACGUGCUCGUGUACGUGCUCGUGUACGUGCUCGUGUACGUGCUCGUGUACGUGCUCGUGUACGUGCUCGUGUACGUGCUCGUGUACGUGCUCGUGUACGUGCUCGUGUACGUGCUCGUGUACGUGCUCGUGUACGUGCUCGUGUACGUGCUCGUGUACGUGCUCGUGUACGUGCUCGUGUACAUGCUCGUGUACAUGCUCGUGUACAUGCUCGUGUACAUGCUCGUGUACAUGCUCGUGUACAUGCUCGUGUACAUCUCCCAAGUUCUUCUACUGGGGGUCGGGCUACUGGAGCACCAUGGACAUCCAGCACGACCGUGUUCUUGGUUUCUGUUCUCCCAGACCCUCCCCUCCCCUCACCUCCCAUUUACCCCUCCCUUUCCCAUUCUCUUUCUCCCUUCGUGCUUCUUCAAUCCCGGUCCUCCUGCUGUCCCAUCAGCCGGCUACUACCUCUGCUGGGGAUGCAUGGUGUGGGUGCCCUGCAUCUACACCUCGCCCGCCCUCUACCUCGUCAACCACCCCCUGCACCUCGGCACUCCUGUCGCGAUGGCCAUGUUUCUGUGUGGUUGUGCAUGCAUUGCAAUCAACUACGACUCGGACCGCCAACGACAGCACUUCCGGUCCACACACGGCCGCUGCACCAUCUGGGGCCGCCCUCCUGCCAAGAUUGAAGCAGAGUACGUGACCGAGAAGGGCGAGAACAAGAAAAGCCUGCUGCUCGCGUCAGGAUGGUGGGGGCUCUCUCGCCACUUCCACUACGUGCCUGAAAUCCUUGCUUCCUUCUUCUGGACCUUCCCAGCACUCUUCAACAAUGGAAUUCAGUAUUUCUACUGCAUCUACCUCACAAUCCUCCUAUUCGACCGAGCUGUCCGUGAUGACGUGCGCUGCAAAAAGAAGUAUGGCAAGUUCUGGGACAAGUACUGCAAGCUGGUACCUUACAAGGUGGUUCCAGGCAUCUUCUAG